CGUCACUGGGAACACUUAGCACUCUCAGUCCUCAGUGUAUGGGUGUGUGUGCAGUCAGACAGGCUUUCCUUUGUGUUUUUGGCUUACUUUUACUCUUGAACACCUAACUGGAUAAAAACGGUGCUUUUACAUUGGAUACUUCAUAUUUGGGGAAAUGGAAUGUCCGCAAGAAGACUGUGUUCAAAGUAAUGCCAAUCUUGAAAUCAUGAAGGCCGGAAGUGUUCUGAGGAAAGCAAAAUCUCGUAUGUGGAAAGGACACCGUCACUACAAGUUGCAGGAUGAUGGCAAGACUGUCAUGUACAAAUCCAGCUGGGCUAUAAACUCUUAUUCAACUUUCUCUGUAGGUGAUGUGGAGGCAGUGCGAGAGGGCCAUCAGUCUGAAGUGUUCCUCAGUACGCCAGAAGAAUUCCCCCCAGAAUGCUGCUUCACCCUGGUGUUUCGAGGCCGUCGCGGGAACCUGGACCUUGUUGCCUCAUCACCUGAGGAGGCCCAGGCUUGGAUUCAGGGCAUGCAAAUGCUUAUAGAGAACCUGCAAAACAUGGAUGAGUGUGAAAGACUUGACCAAUGGGUCUCUGAUUUGUUUAUGACAGCUGACAAAAACAAAGAUGGAAGGAUAAGUUUUAAGGAAGUAAAAAGGCUGCUGAAGCUUAUGAACUUGGACAUGAACGAGCUCCAUGCAAAUGCUCUUUUCACGAUGUCUGAUGUGAGCCAGACAGGCAUGCUAGAUGCUGAAGAAUUUUUCCACUUCUAUAAGAUGCUUACGCAGAGGACUGAAAUUAUAGAGUUAUUCCAGGAAUACUCCAGUGAUGGACAGGUGCUUUCCCACUGUGACCUGGAGGAGUUUCUGAGAGAGGAACAGCUGGAGGGCGAGAGAAGUCAAGAACAUGCACUUAAAUUGAUCCAGCAAUAUGAACCGUCAAAUACUGCUAAAUCCCACCAGGUCUUGUCGGUUGAUGGAUUUCUGAUGUACCUGACAUCUGCUGAAUGCUCCAUCUUCAACUCAGAACACAAGCACCUAUAUCAAGAUAUGACCCAGCCUCUUAAUCAUUACUUCAUCUCGUCCUCACACAACACAUACCUUUUGGAUGACCAACUGAAAGGAAGAAGCAGUGUGGAAGCAUACAUUAAGGCUCUAAAACGAGGCUGUCGCUGUGUGGAGGUGGACUGCUGGGAUGGCCCUAAUGAAGAACCUAUUGUUUACCAUGGACACACUUUUACAUCCAAGAUUCUGUUCAAAGAUGUCAUCUCCACAGUGGCGAAAUACGCCUUUGAGGCAUCAGAAUACCCACUCAUUUUGUCAAUUGAAAACCACUGCAGCAUUGAACAACAGACAAUCAUAGCUGAGCUCAUGAAGAAUAUCCUUGGUGAUAUGCUGCUAAAGACUACAGUAGAUGGAAAAGUGCCCAGUAUGCUGCCAUCACCAGAGGAACUUAAGGGGAAAAUCUUGUUGAAAGGAAAAAAGAUUGGUGAACUGGAGGAGUGCUUAGAUGUUGACCAUCUAGAAAGCAGUGAUGCAAGUGAUGAAGAUAAAGCUGUGGACAAGGACAAUCAGCCAACAGAGAGCAGGAAAUCAAAGGAAAAUCUAUCCAAGGAACUUUCAGACCUUGUCAUAUACUGCAAGAAUGUUAGUUUCAACAGCUUUGAACACUCGUGUGUGUCGAACAAGCCUUAUGAGAUGUCCUCCUUCUCUGAGUCCAAAGCCCGCAAACUUAUUAAAGAAGCUGGAGCGGACUUUAUUCAGCACAACAUAAGGCAUCUAAGCAGAGUAUAUCCGAGUGGCCUGCGGACAGACUCUUCAAAUUAUUGCCCCCAUGACAUGUGGAAUGUGGGAUGCCAAAUUGUGGCCUUGAAUGUUCAGACAGCAGGGCUAGAGAUGGAUCUUAAUGAUGGGCUCUUCCGGCAGAAUGACCAGUGUGGAUACGUUUUGAAACCGGAGAUCUUGCGGAAAAGCGAACAAUGUUUCGACCCUGAGAGGCCCAUCGAUCGGGAGGAUUACUGUCCUUGGAGUCUUACUAUCCAGGUAAUAAGCGGCCAACAGCUUCCUAAAGUAAGCAAAAAAGAGUGGUCCAUUGUGGACCCUUUGGUAAGGGUGGAGAUCUAUGGUGUACCGCUUGACCAGACGCAGCAGGAGACCAAACACAUUGAGAAUAAUGGAUUCAACCCAUAUUGGAAUGAAACAUUACAGUUUGUGGUACAUACACCAGAGCUGGCAUUAGUACGGUUUGUUGUGGAAGACCACGACAAGACAUCCAAGAAUGAUUUUAUAGGGCAAUACACACUCCCUUUCUCCUGCAUUCAACCAGGAUAUCGUCAUAUACAUCUUUUAUCAAAAGAUGGCACUAUUAUUUGCCCAUCAUCUUUGUUUGUGCAUAUUAAAAUUGAAAAGGCAUCGUAGGCAUCUUUAUGGAAUACACAAAGUUAUAUGGUAAAAUAUGGCAAAUGCAUUAACCCACUGGAAGGCAGUUUAUUUAAAACAAAUAAAUAUUAUAAUAAUAAUUUUUAAAAAAUCUUCAGGGUUGCACGAGAUUACCAUUUUUGCCCUAUGUAGCUGCUCUUUAAAGUAAAUAAAAUGUACAAAACCAAAGAAACUGUUGCAUUUAGCAGUUAAGCGUCAUUAAACUUGUCUUGAGGUAAAGACUGAAAUAUGCAGUGUAAUGUAUAAACACCAGUGCCUCUUGUUAUAUUGUGGGAAGCAUUUGCUGGCAUCCUUUUUGUCCAGGUGUCCCUUUUAAAGGAAUAGUCACUAAAAGUCAAUACAAUAUUUUACAUUCAUCACCUAGGUUGAACACUUUAAUCCUGAUGGGAGUGGUCUAUUCUAGGAUGUAUCUUCUCUCAUAUUGGUAUAACAAGAAUGAAAUGAUGUAAACCAUAGGUGAUGGCCUUCAGAAUCAGGUGUCAACUCAGUAAAACAAUUAUUGGGGAUUUUAAAAAUGUUAAAUGUUAAAAAGUGCUCUUACCGUUAGAAUACCAACUGAUGGGGGAAAAUGGCAUUCAGUGCUUCAGUACAGUUCCAGUAGAAUUAAUGUCAGUAGGCACUGAUGCUGUUUUGAAGGCUUAUAAAUGGUCCAAGACCUUACUUAAAUAACUUUGUGUUGAGCAAUGUCUGUACACUAUGUCUGUCUGUUCUUCAUUCUCA